CACACAAAGCAACUGUAACCCAAAAAAAAGGACACGAAAACAGCCGCAAAACACGUCAGAGUAACAUUGAAUUCAACUGCUAAAACUCUUGCUGUUUAAUGUCUCGUCGAAUUCGAUGGCAUUGCAGAUUUAUUUAUUCUUUUAAGCUCACCUGAAAUUUUCACGACGUGAGACCCGAUCCAACAAACUCGGGGAGCUUAAUAACCCAUACCCACCUCUUCUCGUCCCGCGAAAAUCAACGUCAAACAGUGGCCACAUCAUCCUCGAAAGCACAGCACAGCAGAGAAUAUCAGAGCAGGUGGAGUUUUUCCUUUCCUUCCUCGCCUGUAAAAGCGAGGGAAGGAGCAAAACCAGAGAAUGGCAAUGGAGGAAUCGAAUGCAGAGAAGCGCAGCAGCAGAUCGCUGCAUCUUCCCCCUGGAAUGUCUCGGAAUGCUCUGUUUAUAAACACAGGCGAAGCAAGUGGUCACAUGGUGAGCACCCCGCCCCACUCCAGGAAUUACUACAGUGACCGCUUCAUUCCCAGCCGAUCUGCUUCCAAUCUGACGGGCUUCGCCUUGCUGGAGAAAGCUGGGACGACGACGGCGGCGGCUGGAGUGGCGGAGGAUGCUUCAGGGGCGUAUUCGACGCUGCUUCGGGCGGAGCUUUUUGGGCCUGAGGUGGCGGGCUCAUUUUCACCCGCCACACCAGAGAAGAUGGGGAGAGAUUCUAAGAAUUGUUGCCCUAUCAGCCCUAAUAGAAAUAUUUUUAAGUUUAUGUCGGGCGCAGGUUCGAGCUCUAGACCUGAGUCGCCUUAUUCGCUCUCGCCCGUGGGAUCCGACGGGGAUUUGUGUGGAGUCGUCAGUAGCCCCCCAAAGGCGCCCAGAAAAAUUGCCAGGUCGCCUUACAAGGUCCUGGAUGCCCCUGCCCUUCAAGAUGACUUUUAUCUCAAUCUUGUGGAUUGGUCAUCUCAUAAUGUAUUAGCAGUAGGCUUAGGCACAUGUGUAUACCUUUGGAGUGCAUGCAGCAGUAAGGUGACAAAGUUGUGCGAUUUGGGACUGAAUGAUAGUGUCUGUUCUGUUGGAUGGACUCAGCGAGGCACGUAUCUUGCUGUUGGCACGAAUAUUGGUGAGGUCCAGAUUUGGGAUGCUACUCGGUGCAAAAAAGUUCGGACCAUGGAGGGUCACCGUGUUAGAGUAGGGGCAUUAGCUUGGAGUUCCCAAAUAUUAUCUUCAGGAAGCAGGGAUCGAAACAUCCUUCAACGUGAUAUUCGUGCUCAAGAUGACUUUGUCAGCAAGCUUGUUGGCCACAAGUCAGAGGUAUGUGGGCUGAAGUGGUCAUAUGAUAAUCGGGAGCUUGCAUCAGGUGGAAAUGAUAAUCAGCUUUUGGUAUGGAAUCAACAAUCGACACAACCUGUGGUAAGGUUUAGUGAGCAUACAGCAGCUGUUAAGGCCAUUGCUUGGUCCCCUCAUCAACAUGGUCUUCUUGCUUCGGGGGGUGGGACAGCAGAUAGAUGCAUUCGCUUUUGGAACACAGCAACAAAUUCUCACUUGAAUUGUAUUGACACUGGCAGCCAGGUUUGUAAUCUUGUUUGGUCUAAGAAUGUCAAUGAACUUGUUAGCACGCACGGCUAUUCUCAGAACCAAAUUAUAGUGUGGAGAUAUCCAACCAUGUCAAAGCUUGCAACUUUAACAGGCCAUACUCUUCGGGUCCUAUAUCUUGCAAUCUCUCCUGAUGGACAGACCAUUGUUACAGGUGCUGGGGAUGAAACUCUGCGCUUUUGGAAUGUGUUUCCAUCUCCUAAGUCACAGAGCACCAUCCGAGAUACUGGCGUAUGGUCUUUAGGUAGAACUCAAAUUCGCUGAUGCAUUAUUUUUGAUACAAGGAGAGAGCUAAGUCUCCCCCUUAGGAAAGAUGAAACAGCAUACCUUCCAAUUGCAUAUGUGGGUGUGCAAAUUCAACAAACAGAUGAAUGCUUUUGUAAAUUGGGAAUUGUGCCUUACUGGCAGCAGUUACUAUUUGUGUGGGCACAUUUAUCUCAUUGUACUAUAGAAAGAUGGCUGAGCAGCAGCUGCCAGUCGGUUCUGCAAUAUGUUGUUUCACUUGACUACAGUGUAAUCUGGGUUGUCAGAAACUUGCAGAACUUCAAGGUAAUUAUAUUUCCACAACACUUGGAACUGGAAGUUUACAAAUUUCUCUAAAACUGAUGCUGGUUCUGAAUCAAUCAAUUGAAUAUCGUAUUAUGCAUGGGAAUAUUACCUACUCUGUCCAUUCAGGAUGUCGGAUGCUUUCGUGGAAUACAUAGAAUGACCUUGCAAGGUCAUUUUAAAGACCAGGUUUCGUUUCACCAAAUUCUUUUAUUUGGUGGUUGUCUAUAUAUUGUGGGGUUUGUUAUCAAGAGUUUUUCACUGUUGGUUUGUAUCAACUGCGCACCAUCAGUAUUGUAUCAUUAAAAUCUGUAGCUAUAAUACCAAGCAAGAAGUUGAACCUGGUUUGGGCAUUGCGAUGUGCACCUGAAACUAGGCCUCUAUUUGAGAGAAUGUAUCCCCAGUUAAUUCUAGCAGUAAAUUUAUUUUUAUCAGCCAUUCCAAUUUGUUGUGUUCUUUUUU